AUGGGAACCUGCAAUUGUGUCGGAGAAAAAAAAGAGCAAGGCAGCGUAGACGUUGAACAAAAAGCUCUCCCAACGUCUAAAAAGCAGCUGCAGCAAGCUGAAACUAUCAAUAAUAAACCUCAAGAAAUCACGUUAUCUUUAGAAGUCACCCCACAGCUACCUUCAUCUAACAUCAUAAAAGUCCAAUCCUGUGUCCGUAGCUAUAUCUCAAGGAAAAAAUAUGCAGCUGCUUCUAAAAAUCAUACAAAUGAUACCAUUGAAGUCAGAAAUGACCACGAACUCAACGAUAUCCCAGAAAACCUCUCAACGCCUGAAGCUUUACAAGCUAGGGCAAGACUUGGCCCUUAUAAGCUAAAUAAAAUGCCAACCCCAGGCGUCACAUGGCGAGGGCCUACCAAAUUGCCUGACGGAGCUGUAUAUGAAGGCGAAUGAAAUUCACGUGGGCAGCCUCACGGAGGAGGCAUCAUGUAUAGCACUGAUGGAGGAAUUAUUGAAGGACAAUGAAAAAACGGCAAACCCAAUGGAAAAGGCCGAAGAAUUUUCCCUAAUGGAGAUAUAUAUGAAGGAGAACUUGUAGAUGGAAAAAUGGACGGAGAAGGAUCGUUAUUUUGUGUUGGAAAAAGCACUUAUAAAGGAAGCUGGAAAGCUGAUAAAAAUGACGGCUUUGGGGUAGAAAUGUGGCCUGAUGGGGCAAGAUUUGAAGGAAAUUAUAAAAAUGGUCUGAAAGAUGGGAAAGGAAAAUUCGUGUGAAGUGACGGGAGCAGCUAUGAAGGAGAUUUUGUAGCAAGUAAUAUAGAAGGGAAAGGGAAAUAUAUUUGGAUGAAUGGGAGAGAGUAUGAUGGAGACUGGAAAGAUAAUAAAAUGCAUGGGUAUGGAGUUUUUAAGUGGAGCGAUGGCAGGGUGUAUGAAGGAGAUUAUAAUAUGGAUAAAAAAGAAGGGCGUGGGACUUUUGUAUGGCCAAAUGGAAAAAAAUAUGAUGGAUAUUGGAAAGAUGGGAAACAACAUGGGGAAGGGACACUGUAUAAUGCAAAAGGAAAGUCUAAGAAAGGGAUUUGGAAAAAUGGGAAGCCAGUAGAUAAAGAUUAA